AUGCUUCGACGCGUUUUACUGCAGUUCGUAAUCGCGGAGGUUUUGGAACAUGUGUUGGACUAUACAAUGACUUGUGGGGUUCAGCCGACGAUCAACCUCAUCAAAACGCAUAAGCUGAAACCCGAUGAGAUCAACUCAACAUCAGCGGCAACAUUCAAAAUGCGACCAAUAAUAAGUUGUGUGGGAGGACCAACUGAUCGAAUUUCGUUUCUUAAUAAAAUCGUUUAUCGACUCAAGAACGCCAAAUUUCUAUUCUGA